UGAGUGUCGAUCGUAGCCGGCAAACUGUGCGAUUGAAAAAAAAUAUCGUCAUAAAAUUGUGUUCAUUCCCGUUUAAGUGAAAUAAACCAACUUAAAAACGCAGUGUAUUCUCUUAAUUUACCUUGCCCUCGUUUCUCUUCGCUCCAGAGGAUUUCUCAAUCGUAAAACCAUCGUCUCCCUGUGGUAUUAGCAGUGUAACAGUGUCAGUGCCUCAAUAUUACUUGGAAAGAUCAUCAAUAAAUUAGUCACAAAAUCUCCAAAUAAUUUUCAAAAAAAUAGUGGAUGAGGGUUACGCGUGAUUGCGGGUCCUCGGGUCCCCUCGAAUCUCCAAGUGUCCCAAUAAACAAGUGAUUUAUUUAAUGAUUUUGUUGACAAGCAAAGUGAGGGGUUGGGGUAAGCUGAGAAUAUUAAUAAUAAUUUCACAGUGAGUGUGUACCGGGACAAAUGCAUGACGGAUCAUGGUCACUGCGUCCGGCCCUACAGGGAUCCUAGCGGGACGCCCUACUGCAUCAACGGCACAGUCACAGCAGCAAAAUGGCACUCACGAUUCACAAAAUAUUCGAACAAUCGAUGAUGAUGAUAGACGUAGACACGAGUCUGAUUUAUAUGUCAGACCGAGUUGGGCUGAUGCAGAAAUUGCAUUGGAUCAAAUCAUUAAGGGGAAGGCAGAGGGUCAAAGAUCGUCCAUUUGGAUACGUGGCAAGCUGCAGGACGAGUUGAACCAAUUGGGAUAUUUUACUCAGAGGCACGCGGGCAAGGUACUAUUUGUGGCGGUAUUAUUGUUGGCGACAUUUUGCAUAGCACUCAAGUCCAUCCAGGUGCAUAGCAAAGUAGAACAACUGUGGAUACAAGAUGGAGGCAGACUGCAGAAAGAACUGACAUACGUAUCAGAGGCCCUCGGUGAAUCAGCAAUCUCUAUUCAUCAGCUCAAUCAGCUCGUAAUACAAACGCCGCGGCACUCCGGGGGAAAGAUGUUGCAUUCAGCUGCUCUGAAGGACCACUUAGCAAUGUUGAAGAGUGCGACGCAGGUUACUAUUGAUAUGUACGAAACCACGUGGGGUCUCAAGGAAUUGUGUCAUGGACCGAGUAUACCGAAUCUCGAUCUUGAGAACAGCAUCAACCAGAUUUUUGAGAAAAUUAUACCCUGUGCCAUUAUUACGCCGCUGGACUGCUUUUGGGAAGGAAGCAAGCUCAUGGAUAAUACUGUUCAUAUUCCGUACAAUUCGAAGCCACUCGAGUGGACUAGUCUCAACCCAUCCGCUCUCCUGGAACAGAUGAAGGAGUUUCAUAUCACCUUUCCAUUCAAAACCCUCGAGGACUACAUGAAACGAGCCGGAAUAACGAAUGGCUAUCAGAGUAAGCCCUGCCUCGAUCCGUACGAUCCCGAGUGUCCGAGCACCGCGCCGAACAAGAAUUCACGGCAGCUCCCAGAUAUCGGUUAUGAACUGACUGGCGGUUGUUACGGUUACGCUGCAAACUACAUGCACUGGCCAGAAGAACUCGUCGUUGGUGGUGGCGAACACAACGAAAAUGGUUAUCUGAAGCGCGCUGCUGCCCUUCAGUCAGUUGUUCAAUUGAUGGGUGAACACGAAUUCUACAAUUACUACCGAAAUCACAUGAAGACCGAGCGCAUCGAAUGGACGGUUGACAAAGCCUCCCUGAUUAUGGAAACAUGGCAGCGUGCAUUCAGUGACCAAGUGAAGCGACACUUGAACUCAUCGGGCGCCUCCGCUCUCUACAACUCGUACACUUUCAGCACAAUCACGAUGAACGAUAUUCUGGGGAAAUACAGUCAGUUUUCGAUGAUGAAUAUUGCAAUUGGUUGUGGCCUAGUUCUCCUCUACUCAUCAGUGGUUCUCCUGAGAUGGAAGGAUCCAGUUCAAUCUCAAGCAGGCAUCGCCAUUGCCGGUGUCCUCCUUGUCUGUGCAACAGUUGCAGCAGGUCUGGGCUUCUGCGCAAUCCUGGGAAUUCCCUUCAACGCAAUUACCACCCAAAUUGUUCCUUUCCUCGCCCUAGGCCUCGGAGUUCAUGACAUUUUCCUUCUGACUCACACAUACGCCGAAUUAGCAGUGAAUGAAGUUCCCAGUAGUGAGCAGACAGGCUUGGUACUGAAAAGAACUGGACUGUCAGUCCUCCUGAAAGGAUUGAGCAAUGUCGCGGCGUUUUUCGCAGCCUCUAUUAUACCAAUUCCUGCCUUGAGAGUAUUUUCUCUACAAGCAGGAGUUCUCAUUCUAUUCAACUUGGCCGCCAUGCUUGUCGUCUUCCCCGCCAUGAUCAGCAUCGAUCUAAGAAGGCGAAGGUACGGAAGAUUUGAUAUCUUUUGCUGCUACUUACCUGCCCUCUCAAAUGAUAAGAAUCGAACCGUCAAGCAUCGAUCUUCCUCGGUGAGAUCGACCAGGAAGGAGAUUCACACUGACAUUCUUCCAAAACGAAAUGAUAGAAAUGAGUCGUGGGUGGGGGAAAGUGCACUUGAGAAUACCGAAAAUGAUAAAUACAGCUCUGAAGAAGACACAUUGACUGGUUGCACUCAAGAUGAAUGUCUAACUUUUUCAUUAACCAAGUUUGCAGCUAAACAUUACGCCCCAUUUGUCACUAAACCGACGACAAAAGUCUUUGGAAUUUUGAUACUGGCUGUUGUCCUAUCCGGAAGUGUUUGGCAGGCUAUUAAAGUUGAGGACGGCUUAGACUUGACUGACCUGGUACCCCAAGGUUCUGAUGAACAUGCUUUUUUGACAGCUCAGACCAAGUAUUUUGGAUUUUAUAACAUGUGGGCCAUCACAGGAAGAGACUUCGACUACCCCAAUAAUCAAAAAUUAUUGCAUGAGUAUCAUGAUGCAUUCAUGAGAGUCAACAGAAUCAUAAAAAAUGAUGAUGGUGGUUUGCCGAAAUUUUGGUUGGAGUACUUUCGGGAUUGGUUAAGAAAUUUGCAGACUGCCUUUGACAAGGAUUACAGAAAUGGUUGUAUUACCCAGGAAAGGUGGUACAAAAAUGCGAGUGAUGAGGCCAUCUUGGCGUAUAAGUUACUGGUGCAGACUGGUCAUGCUGAUAAUCCUGUCGAUAAGACCCUUCUGACGCAGGUGAAGUUCGUGGAUUCCGAUGGAAUUAUCAAUCCUAGGGCGUUUUAUAAUUACUUGAGUGCUUGGGUCCAUAACGAUAUUCUUGCUUAUGAGAGUAGUCAAGCUAAUCUUCGGCCUCAACCAAGGACCUGGAUUUUCGCUAGGGACGAUGAGGAUCUGAAGAUUCCGAAGAGUAUUCCUCUUACUUACGCACAAAUGCCAUUUUAUCUACAUAAAUUAACGGAUACUACUGCCAUCACUGAGCUCAUAAGCAGUAUCAGGGCUAUUUGCAAGAGGUUUGAGGAGAAGGGACUCCCCAAUUUCCCAUCGGGGAUUCCUUUUGUCUUUUGGGAGUAUAUGGAUUUGAGAAGAUGUUUGGCAAUUGCUCUCAUUUCUGCGUUGGGUGUGAGUGUCGCAGUGAUGGCAGUUCUACUUUUGAAUUUGUGGGCAGCUUUGCUGGUUGGAACUUCCCUAGCGGGAGUCGUAUUACAGUUGGCGGGAAUAAUGAGAUUGGUGGGAAUGAAACUCAAUGCUGUACCUGCAGUUUUACUAGUUAUCAGUGUGGGAAUUGCUGUCCACUUCAGUGUUCACAUUUGUUUGAGUUUUAUAACAAGUGUUGGUAGCAGAGAUCGUCGAGUACGUCUCGCCCUCGAGCAUAUGUUUGCCCCUAUAGUUCACAGUGCCUUAACAACAGCCUUAACAGUGAUGAUGCUGGCAUUUUCCGAUUUCGAAUUCAUUGUCAGAUACUUUUUCCUCAUCCUCAUCUGUUUGAUUGGAAUUGGAACUGCCAAUGGAUUGUUCUUCUUCCCCAUCCUAUUGUCACUGGUGGGACCAUCGCCAGAAGUGAUUCCUCAUGAGCAUCCUGAUCGGAUAUCAACACCCACACCACCAGCUUCGCCUGUUGUUAGGCGGUCGAAGCCUCCUGCACCUCCUAGGAGACCUCAUAAAAUAGAUAGUUCACGAAUUCAAUCAAAACCUUCCUUAACUACAAUUUCUGAGGAACCAAAUUCACUCAACAGUACGCAGGAUUCGUGUAGUGCUCAGCCGGAGGUGAAGGUUGAAGCUAUCACCACACGUGGAAAUCAGAACUGUGGCGGUUCUGAUACAAGCGGGUCUAGUCGAACAUCACCAGUGCCGUCCACAUCACAUCAUCGACCGCAUCACACAUGGAGUGUUCAUUUUGAUAGCGACAGAGUCACUUUGGACAGUGAUCUGGUCACUGUACAAGUUCACACCGCACCCACAAGUGGAGUGGAUCGUGGUGAAAAAUGCCGCCAUUCGUCCUCAAGUAGCAGACGCUCAUCACGGUGUAGUGCAAACAUUAAUACGUCAGAGUCAUCGAGUUCGAGCUCUGAGCCGGAUACUGACAAUGUCAAUGCCAAACACUGACAAUAAUGUAUACCGGGACGACCGGCAGCUACUGCUCAAGUACCACGCGAAGCGGGAAAAUACAGAAGGCUGACUAGGUUAAUUUUUCAAAUUUAAUCUCUCUACCCCUCUUUUUUACCCUCCAAAAAUCUUACGAAUUAACGUGAGCGGUUCUUUUGAUCGUUCAAUUUACUGGAUAAUAAAGAAAAUCUGUAUUAUAAUUCGAAUGAAAUGAACUAUGGAAUUUCGGGAACAUUUUUGAGGAAGGGAAAACAAUUGAUAAGAAAUCUCAUCUUAAGAAACUACAUUUCAAGUAUUUUUAGGGAAUUUUUUUCCCCUGUUAUUUCACGAAUGACUGUAAAAUUUUCUUCUUUUGUACUUAGAUUACAGAAUGCAUUUUAUGCAUUUUAUAAAGCACAUUCGGUAACUACCAUCGAAAGUGCAUAUGAAAAUAUGUAAAUGGUUUUUUUUUAUUGACUCGAAAUAGUCAGAGACAUUUGAUUAGGAAAAAAACAUCAAAUGUAUACGGGAAUUAAUGUAUUGAUUGAAAUGUUUUGUAUUGUGUCUCUGAUGAAUUUUAUAAGAUGAACAAUUGUACAUAGGAUUGUUUUAAUUGUUAAGAAGAGCGGAAGAAUGAACAAAAAAAAAGUUGAGUUCAUUAAGAAAAACUAGUUAAAUUCGUUACCAAGUGAAUUAUUGGCUUUGUUGUGAAUUGAGAAGCCUUUGGAGUGGUUCAUUAGUCACGUGAGAAUAAAUUUAUAUUUUACGCUUUUUAAAAGAAUGCAUUCGACAUAUCGAUAUUUUUUUGAAUUUUCUGGUGAAGAAUUUACUUUUUAAAAAAUUCAAUUGAUUUUUUGGAUUCACUCGCAAGAAGAAAAUCUGAUCAUUCAUUUUCGCUUUUCGAUUCAUUAGUUUUUCAUAUUAAAAAAUGUCAUCAAUUUUAUGAGCAGUAUGUGUGUGAUUGAUUGUGCGAUUACGGGAAUCUCAAAUUUUAUUUAUUAUUUAUUUAAGUUACUAAUUCCUUCCCUUUGCCCCUCCAAAACUGUUAUUCCGUAUUUAAAACGUUGAACCAGUAAAGGUUUUGUACAAUCAUUUUCCACGUGGUGGCUUGUAAAAUAACACUAAAAAAUACUCAAUUUAUUUAUGUCGUAUUUUUCUAGUGUGAACGAAUUAAAAUUACUUAAUUUAAUCAA